AUUGUGAUUAAUCUCAUUAUGUAGUUACUCAUCAGUUUUUCCGGCAGUUCAAAAAGACGAUGAUGUGUUCCGCUAAUGCUAUUUAGUUUUUCAACUUUCUAACCUUUGCUCCUGACAUGAACGUACACCUACCAGUGAGGACCAAAACGAAGAAGAUGGCAGAGGUAUCGUACGUGCCUGUUACACCGCUGGUGGCAGCAACUAUGUUAUCAGAUAUGGAGAAGCUCCCUGUUAUCAAAUUGGGCGACUUCACCCUCCAAAUAGAAUUAGAUGAUCUUUCACCGGAAGUAGAAGAAAUCGCAAGGAAGGAACUCAGAGAAAAUCCAGACACCAAAAAACAAGCUAUAGUAGCGUUAAGAGAUCUUCUCAAAGAAGAAAAAGACCUCAGAGUGCCAUUAGACAAUGAUAUUUGGUUAACUAGAUUCCUAAGGCCAUGCAAAUUUUACCCAGAAAGUGCCUGUCAGUUGAUAAAGAGGUACUACGCUUUCAAAAGAAAACACGCAGACGUUUACGAUGGACUCUUGCCCAGUAAGGAAAAAAACAUUUUCGAACAAAACAUUUUGACUGUACAACCGAAUAGGGAUCAACUUGGAAGAAGAAUUUUAAUUAUCGAAUUAGGAAAAAAAUGGAAAACUGACAAAGUGUGCUUAGACGAAGUAUUCAAAGGAGCAGUUUUGUUCCUGGAAGCCGCCAUGUUGGAACCCGAAACGCAAGUGUGCGGAGCAGUUGUCAUUUUUGACAUGGACGGUCUCUCUCUAUCCCAAACUACAAAAUUUACGCCAGCUUUUGCCAAAAGGAUAGUCGACUGGCUACAGGACAGCGUCCCACUUAGAAUCAAAAACAUCCAUAUCGUCAACCAACCGUACAUUUUCAAAAUGGUUUUCGCCCUUUUCAAACCCUUCCUCAGGGAGAAGCUCAGGAAUCGUAUCAUCUUCCACGGCACCGAUCGUAAAUCCCUGCACCAACACAUGGAUCCCAAAUGCCUGCCAGAAUGCUACGGUGGUAGCUUGGACUUGCCCAGGAUCGAUGGUCCCCAAUGGUACGACCUUUUGGUUAUGUGUGACAAGGAGUAUGUAGCUAUAAAUUCUUACGGAUACAACAAGAAAGGUGAACUUUAAGAAAAUAGACAAUUGUGUUCAAUCCAGCCAUAUCACCAGAAAUUGGACAAACCUGUAAAAUUUAUUUAUUGUUUUUAUACAUUUUGAUUUUACUGUAUUGUUUUUAGCCAGUUAUACGCAAUAAUGUAUUUUUUAAUUAAUGUUGCAUCAAGAUAAAAUGUAAUUUUAAAAAGCAAUAUUUUGUACAAUGUUAAAAAUAUUUUAGAUAGGUGGUUGUGGCCUUUUUACUUCUCUUACGGCCCCUUAUACAGUUUUAUUAUUUGAUGAUGAUUAUUAUCAAUAUUAUAGUAAUUAUUUUUAUCGUUGUUGAAGUAUUAUUAUCUAAGAAUUGAUUGUGAUAAAUGUUUUACAUCACUUCUGUUGUUACAUUUUUUGUACAGUUAUAAAAAAAAUUAUGCUAAUUGUAGUUAACGUAUUUAAAUUAUCAAUAAAAUGACAAUUAUUUUAA